GUUCCCCAAGUCAGACGACCAAGGAAUAGAAAACCACAGCGAAAGCAAACCGCUCUCUCCGCUCCUCAGCUGGUAGGCAGCUCAAGAGCGCACAGGGAAGAGAGGUGCUCAGCCCGACCGACGACGCCGCCGCCAUGAGCGUGGUGGUCCUUGAUGGCUCGACGGUGCGCUCCUUCGUGGCGGACGAGGCCGCCUUCGCGCGCAGCGUGGACGCGCGCUUCGCGGCGCUGGACGCCAACGGCGACGGCGUGCUGUCCCGCGCCGAGCUCCGCCGCGCGCUCGAGUCCUUCCGCCUCCUCGACGGCGCCGGGUUCGGGUCCGCCGAGCCCCUCCCGCUCCCCGCCGAGGUCUCCGCGCUCUACGACGCCGUCUUCGAGCAGUUCGACGCCGACCACAGCGGCGCCGUCGACCGCGCCGAGUUCCGCGACGAGAUGCGCCGCAUCAUGCUCGCCGUCGCCGACGGGCUGGGCUCGCAGCCGCUCCAGGUCGCCGUCGACGAUGAGGGCGGGAGCUUCCUGCUCGAGGCCGCCGAGCACGAGGCCGCCAUGAUCGCCGCAAAGGUCGAGGGCGAGCGCAAGGAGGCGGCCGGCGCCAAGGGAUGAACUGACGUCGGUCGGCGGGCUCGUGUCCAGUGUUGGCUCUUCGCUGUCCUGUUUCUAGUAGUUGUUGCGGUGCACGUGCCAGUGAGCGUACUGCCCCACGUGUCGCAGGGGUGGCGUUCGUGCUGAGAAAGUACUUGUGAGUUGUGAACGGAAUAAAAUGGCUUUCCAGUCUACUGUAGUAUGCUAAUCGUUUUGAAACAA